AUGAUGAUUCCAGUGGAAACAAAGCCUUCGUUGCAGAUGCCUGCUCCUGCAGCGGGCCAAGCUCCCACACAUACAUAUGUCCCAGAUAGAGGUUAUGCGACUUCCACGACAUCUCAAGACGCCCCACCACAAACGCCUACGGGCUACGCUGCCGACAACGAAGACGAAACGUACGAUGAUCUUUUCGAAGAUGAAGACGAAGAGUUCCUUGAUGAUGUAGAUCCUACAUCGGGCGACCUUACCAAAUCUUACAACCGUCAAAGAAAGCUCAACGACCCAAACGCCACUGCCCCUCGAAUCAACUCGCAAAAACCAGCUGCAAACACACAAGCGAGUGUCGAUGACCAAAUCUCGAGUCUUUCCAAACAUGCUGCUAAGAUUCGUUUGGAUGUUGGAGGGGAGAGAAACAAAACACAUGGCAAGGACAAAUCAGACCGUGCCACAAGUGAGCAGGUCUUGGAUCCUCGGACACGGAUGAUCUUACUGCAAAUGAUUAAUAGAGGGAUCGUCUCGGAAGUCAACGGCUGCCUUAGUACUGGAAAAGAGGCAAACGUCUACGGAGCACUCUCAAUACCUGUAUCAGAAAAUGGCGAGGAAGUCGCAGCUAUUCAUCGAGCCAUCAAAGUUUACAAGACCAGUAUUCUUGUCUUCAAGGACCGCGAUCGAUAUGUGACAGGCGAACAUCGCUUCAGGUCUGGCUACAACAAGGGAAAUAACAGGGCUAUGGUGAAAGUAUGGGCAGAGAAAGAAUUUCGCAACCUCAAACGAUUAUACCUUGCCGGCAUCCCAUGUCCCGAACCUGUCUAUCUACGGUUACAUGUUUUGGUCAUGGGCUUUCUCGGCGACAAGAAAGGCUGGGCGGCUCCUCGUUUGCGUGAUGUGGAACUACAAGGCGAGGAUAUUGAUGAGCAAUGGCGUUUGCUAUACAUUGAAAUGCUUGGACUCAUGAGGCGAAUGUAUCAAACAUGCAAACUUGUACACGCAGAUUUGAGCGAGUACAAUGUCCUAUACCACCAAAAGAGGCUCUUUAUCAUCGAUGUUUCUCAGAGCGUUGAGCACGACCAUCCACGGUCAUUGGAAUUCUUAAGAAUGGAUGUCAAGAACGUUUCGGAUUUCUUUAGAAGAAAGAAUGUAGAUGUGCUUUCUGAACAAGCAGUCUUUGGCUUCGUCACUUCUCACGAUCAACCAAUCCAUGAGCCGGCGCUUACAGAAGCUUUAGAGAGACUUUUCGUCGACCGACCUGCUGUUCAGGAAGAUGAAAAGGCUGCUGCAGAACAAGAAAUCCAGACCGAGGUAUUCCGACAACAAUAUAUUCCUCAAAAUCUAGACCAAGUCUAUGAUAUCGAGCGUGACGCAGAGAAGGUUGGCAAAGGACAGAAGGAGGACCUUGUUUACCGAAAUCUGCUCGCCGACAAAGUUGUUCAAUCGGGCAACGAAGCUGAUGCCGAAGAUACCAUGGGUGGUAGUUCGCCACCAAGUGACGGUGAAAGUGAUGCCGAGGAUAGCGACGAUGAAAGCAAAUUUGAAAAAGGUACUCCGAGAGGAAAGAGAUUCGAGGACAAAGAUGCCAAGAAGGUAGGUCGGUCCAACUCACAGGCAGAAUUGUAUCUGACACAUGUCCAGGAGCACAAGAAGGCCGUCAAGGAAGAGAAGCGUGAGAAAAGAAAGGAGAAAAUGCCCAAGCAUCUGAAGAAGAAGCUCGUGAGCGCUUCAGCGAAGCACAAGCAUUGA